AUGGCAGAGGUCCACCCGCUCUUCGUCCGGCUCCGCGUCCCCGACGGACUCGAGGACCUGCUCGAGGACCUGACGCGGGAAGUCCUGCGUCGUCGGCCCGACGACAUUCCUCGAUUCGCGGCCGAACACUUCCAAGGGAAAUUCCUCGCCCGAGGCUGUUCCUGUGCCCGAGGUGGAGACAGCCCGGAGUCUAAACGCAAAAGACCCAUCCCGAAACCGCGGAAAAAAUUGGUUGGAGUCUCGAAUGGGACGACAACCACCGAAUCUCCGGUCGAACCAGAGACCAAUGGACACGUGACGAAGGCUGAAACGGUUUUGGUCGGGGGUGCACCUCUGGCCACCUUUGACGAACCGUCAGACUCCCGAGAAGUAAUCAAACAGACUUUGCCAUGGAUCGAGGACUCUGGGUAUCAGGACGCUAUUUCCCUAUCCGAGACGGAGAAGGAGUUGGAAACCGGUUUCGGGGAAGGGAACGAUUUACCCAGUGUCAAAGAUGAGCAUUUGGCCCUUCCAACCUACCCGGAACAGGGAACCCCGCCGAAAAAGAACUCCCUCCCGGCGGAAGAAGCGGCUUUCAUGAUUCAAUCCGAAGCCCUACAUGCGGCCCGGUUCGCCAUGAUGAGGGCCGAUUCCCCGAUUCCCGAAGGGACGCUCUUGCCCGCUUCAGAAGGGGCGGAUGUCAUGAUAUUCGACGGAGACACGGAGUCUCCGGAGGAGAAGAGGCUGUCUCAGGCCGAUAUCUUUGCCGGAGAUUCCAUCGAUCGGGGAUCUCUGAUGGGGUCCGAUGCUGUGGAAUCCGAUCAGGAGUUGCCAAAUGCAGAAGAAUCAAAAGACGAAGAGGGCCAGAAUCCAGAAGAAACAGAAUAUGACGCUGCAGAAUUGGACGAAGGUACCUCGGAAGAAACCCAAGACAAGCUACUGGAAGAAGUGGAGCUUGAGCCUGUGGAGAAGCCCGCGGAAGAAAUAUUCCUGGUCUCACGGGCUGCAGACGUAGGAGCAUAUCCAGAAGAACCGACUGAACCAGAAGCAGAAGAACUGGCUGUUGAAGAACCUGAAGGUGUUGAAACCCAGGAAGUAACUGCAGAGGCGCCAGGAGAACUGACUGAACCAGAAGCAGAAGAACUGGCUGUUGAAGAACCUGAAGGUAUUGAAACCCAGGAAGUAACCGCAGAGGCGCCAGGAGAGCUGGAUGAACCAGAAGCAGAAGAAUUGGCUGUUGAAGAACCUGAAGGUAUUGAAAUCCAGGACGUAACUGCAGAAGCACCAGUAGUGGAUGAAGCAGACGUCUCCGCUGACGAACCUGAAGUCAUUGAAACGCUGAUCUCUGCAGAGGAAUCAGAACUUGCUGAGGACCUUGAAUCAGUUGAAGUAGAACAUGUCACUUCUGAGCAGACUGAAAACUUCAAAACAGAAGAACCUAUUGAAGAAUCUGAAGACAUGAAGCAAGAGGAGGGACCUGUUGAGGAAGCUGAAAAGUUUGAAACGUCUCCAGUAGAGGCUUCCCAAGAGGAACCUGAAAGUACCGAAGUGGAGGAAGUUCCUGUGGAGGAGGCUGAAGACGUUGCGACUGAGGAGGUCUCAGUUGAAGAACCUAUCGAACCUAUCGUCCUGGAGGACGUCACAGCUGAGAAACCUGAAACUAUGAAAACGGAAGAUAUUUUAGAGGCAGAACCAGCAAUUGACGAGUCAGAAGGAAUCUCUGCAUCUGAAUCCGAAAUUGUUGGAACUGAUGACAUCCCUGCCGAGGAAUCUGACUCUCUUGUAGCUGAGGACGGCUCUGCUGAGGAACCCGAGACUAUUUUAACAGAGGAAUCAGCUAUCGAGGAAAUUCCUGCUGCUGAUGUAGCAGAAACAACCGAAGAGGAGCCUAACAAUGCUCUAACUGAUGAUACUGGUGUGGAGGAUGCCAAGGAGAUCCUUACCGAGGGAUCUGAGGUUGGUGAAAUGGAAGAAGUCGCUGAAGUGGAUGAGGACAUCGAACAAAUAGCUGUAGAUGAGCCUGGGGAUGUGCCGGAGGAGGAACCUGGAGAAUUGCCCGAGGAGAACGCUAAAGAAGGAGAAGUCGAAGAGACCCAUGCUGAAGAAUCUGAGUUAGUCGCAGCAGAAGAAGCUACUAUUGAGGAAACAGAAGCUGCUGGAGCAACAGGCAUCUCUGCUGAUGAAUCUGAAGCAAUAGCAGAGGAGGCCUCUGCUGAAGAAUCUGAAGUUGUCGAAACUGAUGACACAUAUGCUGCUGAAGGUGCAGCUUUUGAGGCAGAGGAACAAAUUGCUGAACAACCUAGUGGAGUUCAAGAGGAGGAUAUGCCUUCAGAGGAACCUGAUGAUGAGCUGAAAGAAACCCUAGAAGUGGAAUCUGCAGCAGCUCCAAUAGAAGUCACUCCCGAAGAAACUGAAGCUAUGACUGAAGACGUUUUGGCGGAGGAAAGUGAGACUGCGGGUAUGGAGGAGACAGAGGCUGAGAAAGAGGAUGCUUUUGAGGAAGAGAUGGUAGUUUCCUCCAUUGUGCCAAUGGGAUUAGAGGGAGUGCCUGCACCUCCAAAUGAAAUUGAUGAAUCAGAUGAAGCGCAAGCAAGUGCAGAACCCGAAGGUGGCGAGAGCGAGCCUUCUGGUGAAGUGACGGAAGAAACAGCAGGAGAUGAAGUUGAAACAGUUUCUGACGUCCAGCAGAAAGGAGUUAGUGAUCCAUCUACCGGCGAACAUCAAGAAGACGCCUUGGAAGGAGAUCAAGAGACAAGGAUAGAAUAUGCUGAACUAGAAGAGUCUGAAAUGCAAGCACAGGAUGAGGAAAAUUCCAAAGAGACUGAUGAAGCUAGCCAACCGGUGGAAGAACCAGUCACGAUUCAGGAAGAGGAAAAUGCAGAUGAGAUAUCCAAAGCAGAAUUGGAAGAGCCAAAUGAAGAUGAGGCUCAGCCAGCUCUAUCCUCAGUCAUAGAAGAUAGCUCUCAGCCAGAGGUCACGACUGAAGAUCAAGUCAUUGAGAUUGAAGACACGGGCACUACAGAAGGCGAACCUCUAGAACAGAGUGCACUUCCUGAAGCGGAAAAUGCAGAAGUGAAUGACCAGGAGGAUUUGCCUGCUACUGAAGACGAGCCUCAACCUACGGCAGACGACGUCCUAGAGAACGAAGGACUCGACGAUGAGAAAAUGACUGAAGAUAUCGAAGUAUUGGAAGAUGAGCUAGCAAAGGAAGAGGCAGCAGCGGAAGAUGAAAUUCAUGUCGUUCCUGCUCAGGAAGUAGAAAUGGAAGCUGACAUGGACUACAAAGAAGCUGAAGAUGUUCCCACGUCUGGUGAUGCUGAUGCAACAGGCGAAGUACAAGCUCAAGAGGAGGAACAAGAAGCAGAGCAAAUAGCCUCUGAAGCCGAUGGCGAUGUCGUGGAGCUUGAGGUGUCUGGUGAAGUUGGAACCGAUGCUGAAGAACCUGGGAGUUCUGACGCUGCUGCACCUGAAGAGCAGCCGACGACGGACGGGACUGAAGAAUCAGCUGCUACCGUCCACGACGAACCCGAAGCCCUGGACGUAGAGCCAGAAAAAGCAGAGGCGAAUGAGGAGGUCCUAGUGCCGGAGACUGUCGAGGAAACCUCCCAAGAACCAGUAGUCGCUACUCUGGAUGAAUUUGAAGUGGUGAAUGGAACAGCAGAGGAAGAGGGUCAUUCGACACCAGACGAUCUGCGAGAACUUGAGGAUAUCGAAGAAGGGGAGACCGAGGUCGAGGAAGAAAAAGACCAUGAGACUGGACAAGAAUCCGAAGACAAUGAAACAUUGGAGGCUGCUGAAAUCCCAUCUGAACCUGAAGCGGCUGCUGAAGAAGCGACAGAAUCGGUUGAGGGGUCUCAGCCUGAACUGGAGGAGGCGAUUACAGAGGCAGCUGAGACCGAACCAGAGCAUAUCGGAGAAGUUGAGAAAGUGUCAGAGAUUCCCGAUGCAGUUGUUGAAGAUACCGAAGCUGCAAUCGAAGAGACUGAAGCUGCAGCUGAAGUGACCGAAGGUGCAACCGAAGAGAUCGAAGCUGCAACCGAGGAGACAGUAGCUGCAGUCGAAGAUACCGACGCUGCAGCUGAAGAGACCGAAGCUGCAGCUGAAGAGACAGAACCUGCAGCUGAAGAGACCGAAGCUGCAGCUGAAGAGACAGAACCUGCAGCUGAAGAGACCGAAGCUGCAGCUGAAGAGACCGAAGCUGCAGCUGAAGAGACCGAAGCUGCAGCUGAAGAGACAGAAGCUGCGACCGAAGAGACCGAACCUGCGGGUGCAGAGCCCAAACUCGACGAGAGUCCCGAAGACCUGCAGCCCGUCGAAUACACCAUUGAACGACAAAGCAUUGCAGAUGUUGGUGCGGUGAUGGAGCCCGAAGGCCACGAUGGCGAUGCCGACCCAGAAGCCAUGGAAGAUGAUGGUCCACAUGAGACAGCUGACGAAACUGCUGUCGAGGAGGUCCUCGAAAAAGCGGCCGAAGCAGCAGAGACAGCGGAAAACGAACUUCCACCAGAGGAUCAAGUUCCUGAAGCCAUGGAAGAGUUUGACCUCGCAACUUCGGGAGAGGAUGGUGGAGCUGAUGCCACCGUAGACGAUUCCGACCCUACACUCGAUUCGUCGUCUGCACCAGCCGAUGAGCCUGAACCUCCAGUAGAAGAUGAAAACGUCGACACGACAAUUGAGGCAAAGUCAGAAGAGGCGGAAGAGCAAGAAGAGCUGGUAACCGAAGAACCAGAGCCCGAGGCAGAAAAUGAGCCUCCGACUGCCUAUGAAGAACCAGAAACCAAAGAGGCAGAAAACGCCUUUGCUACUGAAGAAGUUGUAGCAGCCGUAGACACACUUGAACUGGAAGAGCCUGCACCAGAAGAUGCGCCAGAAGUUGUACAUAUCACUGAAGUAGCAGAAGAGUCAGAUCCAAUCGCACCUGAGCCUAAAGCAGCUGAAGAAUCAGAACCUAUCGCACCUGAGCCCGAAACGGCAGAAGACAGCCAAGAAGAGAGCGAAACGGAACCAAGAGUAGCCAACGAGGAGAAAGUAGAUGUCGCAGGAGAUGGCGAAGAAAAGGAGCCAGAAGAGGUUGAGUCGGAGCUUCAGGCAGAGGAGGUACUAGAAGUCCAUGAGGUCAUCCCACCGACCGAUUCUGAUAAGCCAGGAGACGACGAGAUUCCACAAGAAGAAGUUCUAGAGGUUGGCGUAGCACCGGAACCCGAAUCCGAAGCUGCAGCUGCAGAUCAAGUCGAUACUGGCGAUGAAGGUGAGCUCGAGGUAACCGAAGCUGCCCUCACGAACGUAGACAACGAACAAGAUUCGAAAGAGGCUGACGAACCAGACACAAGCGAUACCGAGCCACCAGCCGUGAGCCAAGAAGAACCCGACCGUCAGCCAGACCCAGAAAGUGAAGACCCUCUUGCCACUUCAGCAGAUGAAAUCGAUGACAACCAGGUGGAAGAAGUAGCAGUCACUGCAGAAGAGACACCCGAUACUGAAGCUGUCGAAGAACAAAUGAUCAAAGCAGAAGAUAGUGCUCUGCAAGGUGAAGAAAUCAAAGAUGCGGAAGAGGUUGCAGAAGCAGAAGCACCGGAUGAGAAUGAACCCGAAAUUCCUCAAAACGAGGCAAGAACCGACACUGAAACGACAGAAAAUCCCGACCUUGUUACAAACGAGGAAAACGUCCCUGAACACAACGAUGCCGAAACAGACGAAUCGAACCAACCCGAAGCAGAUGAUGUUCCCGAGGAGGGAGCAACAGAAUCAGGCCUCGCAGAAGAGGAUGAACUCGCCACAACGCCCAGCGUCGUGAUCGAAUCCCCAACCCCUCUCCAGUCCCAGUCCCGCUCCACUUCCAAAAUGGGAAGUUCCAAGUCCUUGGAAGAAUAUCGGAAGAUACCCCAAGAUUCAAUGUCCCCGCCCGCAUUCGAGGCCCCACCUUCCCUCAACAACGUCAACGAAGGAUUCGGAUCUUCUUCUCGUGAAGAAGAUCCGAGUCAAAAUCCCGACUCUCACUUUUCACACACACACACAGAAAAAGAGAAGAGGGAAGUAAAGCCAGACGAGGGAUCGGAGCCGGGCAGCCGUAAACCUUCCAAGGACUAUCCUGAACAUGAAGCAGCAGCAUCUCCGAUAGUACAAGAAGGGACGAAGAAACUGUCGCAUGUAGAACAGUCAGAAUCGAGCCAAGACGCCGCAGCAAAAGAGAAAUCGACAUCUGAAGCGAAGGUGACAGGUACCGAUCAAGAAGAAUCAGACCGUGAUGAAGCUACACAAGAGAAGUCCAAUCCCAAAGUGACAGAGGUUCCAGGAAAGAAAGAAAUUCCAUCUCAACAGGAUGACUUUCAUGGUAGUACUGAGGUCUGGGCACCCAUGGACAAACCUAAAGCGAAAGUUCUGGUACCCAUCGAACCCUUGUCUACGGAGGAAUCUAUAGUCACAAAAGCCCCAUCGAUGCAGCUUUCCUACCAGGAACCCCUUCCAAAAGUGAAUGAAGUCCUGAGGCCUUCUGAAGCUCCCACUGAAUGGGAAAGAGGUCCACAGACGGAAAAUACGGAAGGAAGUCCAAAAGAAAGACCGAGACCUUCCGCUUUGACGACUGAAGAAGCCUUUAAACCGGUGGACACCCCAGCCAUCAACGAUGCAGUAAAGCAAGAAGCCUCAAAAGAAGAGGUGCUUCCACCGACCCCUCCGGCCGCGCCAAUCGAAACAUCCCAAGCCCCACCACACUCAUCAGACGAACAUCCUCCAGAAACAAAGACGAACGAAGAAGAGUUUGAAGUCGUAGAGCCUGAAGUGCCAAAGACCCUUGUCACCAUGACGGAAUCGUCUGACGUGAUGGAGAUCCCGCAGGAGCAACACGAGCCCUCGACCUUGGACCAGCCGACGACUCGCGUGGACAUACACAUCCCAGAGAAUUGCUCCGACGUGGAAGACUUGUCGUACGACGACGAGAGCGAAGACUUGCCCAAGGUAGACGGCGCCAUCCUGGUAUCCUCGGACGACGAACUUAAAGAAGACGGCUCCUUCGGGGGACUCGACCUCCUCCCCGAAGAGAGACCAAAUGCGGAAACGCCUAUCGAACAUUCUCACUACGAAGAGGAACUGGCGGCCACGAAGAUUCAAGCCGGGAUCCGAGGCUAUCUGACGCGGAAGCAGUUGCAUAAGAUGCAGAAGACGAAGAUGAUGGAGAGUGGUCGUGUAGACCCAGAGCAUGCAGCCGUUCGGAUUCAGGCCGGGAUUCGUGGCUACCUGGCUCGACAGAAAAUCCGACGAGGUUCCAUCCCGGAACGCAAGAAGCAACUUGCUCAAAACCGUCUUUGUAACGCUGCUGCCACCAAGAUUCAAGCCCGUUAUCGAGGCUACAAGGUUCGCAAGAACUCCCCCAAGCUUCGCGAAAAAGACGAAAAUCGCCAGAACGAGGCAGCCACUAAGAUCCAAGCCCGUUUUCGCGGAUACCGAACCCGAAAGGAGACGAAGGAAAGCCUGCACGAGCAAGAAGAGGCUGCCACCAAGAUCCAGAGCAACUUUCGCGGUUAUCAAGUCCGGAAAAAAUACCAUGUCCAUCACCUCUCGCCAGACGAUUCCGACGAUUCGUUCCUCCACAUCUCCAGAUCGGAUGAUUCCUCGUGAUCCCCCAAACAUAUGCCAUGAUCAUGCCGCGAUCGUUUCAUGUUAGACUCCAUAGAACGACGAUGUCGAUGACGAUGACGUCACUAGUCGAUUGUGAUUCACCAGACACUGUCGUUCCUUGCGUUUCUCUUGUGAUGUCAAGUGUAUUGUCAGAAAGAGGAUUUCACGUUGAAGGCGUGCUGUUCCUGGUCGGCUCUAAUUUCAUAUGUAAUUAUUUUAAGACAAAAUCAGUCGAUCGUACCGUGCUUCUCGAGAGCUUUUUUUUUAUCAUUUUAGGGAAGUGGAAUGACAUGCUAUUCCUGUGUUCGUCUUUCUGUUUGCCUCUUUGUAAAACGUGGAGUAUUUUCAAUGUGGUGCUGUGAUCCAGCUUGAACCCCGUCCUCCCCCCCAGCCUCCCGUAUAUCUUCCCCGAAUCCCUCCUUCCUCAAAAAUAGAAGGGGUUCAGAAUCGCGUGAGAUGCAUUUAUGACAAGCUUAAUCGAAUAAAUGGCUAUUUGUCUAU